UGCUCACAGUUCUCAGCUAGAUGGGACCAAAGCUUCACCGGCCCCAGACUCACACACUCCCACAUCAGCCUCUGAGAGGGAGAGAGAGAGGAGAGAGAGAAGAGGAGGCAGGAAGAGAGAGCAGCUCAGAGAGCAGAGGGCUGCUGCUUGUGUGCACACCGGCUCACAGAUACAACACAGCCAGUGUGUGUGUGAUCUUUUUUUUUUUUCUUACACUAGCUUUCUCCUCGAGCUGUUGAUGAGGCAGACUGGGUCAGCUCCAUCUCAUCUCAGCCUGGCGUCCAGAGGUGGCCGGCGGGGUCAAAGUGUGUGUCGCUUCUCGAGUGUGUGUGACUUUAUUUUGCAACUCUUGAACACUGGAACUGUACUGUAAGCAUUAUGACUCUUCUCGGCUCUGAACACUCCAUACUGAUACGAAGCAAGUUUAGAUCAGUCCUACAGUUAAGACUUCAGCAGAGGAGGACACGAGAGCAACUGGCAGACCAAGGCAUCAUGCCUCACCCGGCCUCAGACGGCUCCUCUCUGGAGGCCCAGAUGAGGCUAAAGCGAGCCCAGCUCGCCGAGGACCUGAAUGAGAAGCUGGCUCUCAGGCCGGGGCCCCUGGAGCUGGUCCAAAAGAAUAUCAUUCCCCUAGAUUCUGCGGUCACAAUGACAGUAAACCAUGGUAAGUUCCCCAAGCAGGAGGACUCGUAUGCGUUCGAGGAGGACAGCAGCAGUGAGAGUCUGUCUCCAGAGCAGCACCACAGUGAUGAGUCGCAGGGCUCGGCCUGCCCUUCGUCUGAGGCUGUUGGCAGCACGCCCUCCUCCUCCUCCUCACCUGCCCUCACCAGCCCACGACAGGGUGGUGCAGCACGAGACCUAUCUGAUCAAAGCCAGGAUGAAGGCCUGUCUGGUGCCAACAACAGCCAGGCUACUCCCGCAAUACCUGUUCCUGCUAUUGUCAAGUCCAAGACAUCAGACAAGAACCGUCACAAGAAGCCCAAAGAUGUGAAGCCAAAGGUGAAGAAGCUCAAGUACCACCAGUACAUUCCUCCGGACCAGAAGGCAGAGAAGUCCCCUCCACCCAUGGACUCGGCCUACGCCCGCCUCCUCCAGCAGCAGCAGCUCUUCCUGCAACUGCAGAUCCUCAGCCAGCAGAAACAUGCACACACACAUCCACAAUCUCAGCAGCAGCAGCAGCAGCAACACACACACACACCACAGACACAGGCCCAGCAGAGGCAGCCCACCUUCAGCUACCAGCCUCACCCACAGACCCAAACCCAGAAAGGAGUCAGUGAGCAGCUAUCGGCUUGUAACGCCAACGGUCCAUCCAGCCAAACAGUAACAGCCAACAGUAACUCGUCUUCUCCGGUCAAGAACACAUAUCCCAACCAAAGCAACAUCUCACCUGUCAAACCUGGGCCCCUGCCAGCUAACCUGGAUGACCUAAAAGUAUCCGAGCUCAGGCAGCACCUACGUAUUCGUGGCAUGCCCGUCUCUGGCACCAAGACGGCUCUCAUCGAGCGACUCCGGCCCUUCAAGGACUCCAACGCUGGUUCCUCGCCCUCAGGCUCCUCUGACAUCACCACAGUGACCUUCCCUGUCACACCCACAGGGUCCCUGUCCUCCUACCAGUCCCCGUCCUCCACCAGUGCCCUGUCCCAGGGAGGCUACUACCCUUACCCCAGCACCUCCUCCACCCCUCCCAUCUCUCCAGCCUCUUCCGAGCUGUCCCUCAGUGGCUCGCUCCCCGACAGCUUCAGCGACGUGCCCAUGUCCUCACCGACGCAGUUCGCCCUGCAGCCAUCCCCAGCCCAGCUUAACAUGGAGGAUGGCCUGGGCACUGGAGGACAGAGGGGAGGGGAGGGUGGAGGUAUGGAUGGUGUAGAAGCUGAGAAAGAUAAGAUGUUGGUGGAAAAGCAGAAGGUGAUUGAAGAAUUGACGUGGAAGCUGCACCAGGAACAGAGACAAGUUGAAGAGCUGAAGAUGCAGCUCCACAAGAGGAAACGCUGCUAUGGAGCAACACAGGACACCAUCCCUCCUCCAUCUCACCCCUCCAUGCACCACCAGCAGACUCCAGCCAUGAUGGGCCAGCAUUUCUUUGGGGUGACAAUCAAGCAGGAGCCCAUGUCCAUGUCCUCCAGUUGCCCUCUGUCCUCUCCCAAACAGCUGAAGAGCUCUCCUGGCAACUGCAUAGAAGACAUGGGACACUGCAACGCUCCACUCUCCAAUAUGGGGGGUCCCGGAGGACCGCAUUGUAUGGACACAGCCACGUCCUCUGGCAGCCCCUCAACAAUGCCAGCUUUCCUUAGUCCACAGUGCUCACCACAAGACUCUCCCAUUGGGAAGCCUUCUAGUAGCCCCCAGCCUUCGUCUCCUAACAAUCCUUACUUACUGUCACCUCCACUGGGGAGAGAUGGCUGUGGACACCCCCACCCCCAGGGCAACAACAGAGCACGCAGCAUGCAGAUGCAGCAGAAGAAUAGCAGCCAUGCUGUGAACUGUUCUUACCCUUCUGACCAAAGAGGCUUUCAGGGAGUCUUUCCCAACUCUACGGACUGCGGCCACGGCGGCUCAGCCAAGACCGAGAACCAGAAUAUGCAACCAAAGAUGUCAGUAUUGCCAUCUCCUCGGCAUGUUGGCCAAAAGUGCCAGGUCUCUCCCCCCGCCUUCAGUAGCUCAGAUUCAGAUGCAUCUGACUUAAGACAGCCCCCAUGCUAUGAGGAUGCAGUCAAGCAGCAACUGACCAGAAGUCAGCAGAUGGAUGAACUUUUGGAUGUGCUCAUAGAGAGUGGAGAGAUGCCAGCUAACGCCAGAGAAGAGAGAGAGAGGUCCUCUGUAACCAAAGUUGUGCCUCACAUUACUGUGUCCCCAGGGUGUCCCGGCCUCCUCAUCCCGAGGUUCCACAGACACUACGAACAUCUGUCCCCCACCCAGCUCCCAUACGACCACUCAGCAAAUCACAUCACAGAGAGCCACUUGGAGAGUCUGCUAGGAAGUCCAGUUGGCCGGGGAGGGGAGGUAGCCCUUCUCAAAAUGGCCACCGAGGACGGGGGGCAAGAAGAUGAAGGGAACAGAGACGGCGAAGGGUACGGCAGCCCCCACAACCACCAUCGCCACCCUCAUCAUCCCCAACAGGACAAACACGUGACCAGCAGAGAUCUGAUGGACACCCCUCUGUCACCCAUCAGCUCCAAGGUGUCCGCUGUCCCAGAGGUGCAGGGGAUGGUCAGCAUGACUUUUAGCGAGACGCCAUGGGAGUCGAUGGAGUGGCUGGACGUGACGCCACUCAACUCGGCCGUGGCCUUCAGCGUUGCUCCACCAAGCGGCCCAAGCAUCUUCAACACAGAGUUCCUGGAUGUCACAGACAUUAACUUGAACUCUGCCAUGGACCUUCACCUGGAGCACUGGUGAGAGAGCAUCACUGCCACCAAAGCCAAGACACCAGCUUACAAGUAGCUGUACGGACCACUCAUAUCAGCUAUGAUCCUACCAAAGAACAUUUAAAUUCUACCUUAACAGCUUCAGUCCAAGUGCCAGACUUUGUUGUAACACAGUGGGAUGUGACAGUAGACCAUUAGCCUACAUCCAGAGAUUGAUGGAUUGACGGCUAAGUCAGACUUCUAUUUUGACUUCUUCUCUCCACUUCACUGAACAAGUUUUUUUAUGUUGUCGUUAUCCCCAGAAUCCAAAGACUAAGUGCUUUUUGACAUGAUCUUUGUCCGCUUUUUGGACAACAGCGCGCACAACUGCCAAAUAAGUAUGACAGUGGACACAUGAAGGAUUUUCUAGACGAUGGAAACAACGUGAUUACAGCGCUUUAUACCAACACUUUAUGCAAUAUCAGUGUUACGCCACCUCGACUUGAAGACACAUUUUGACAAUCAUCAUUGUAUAUUUUCUGAGUCUAUGUUUGUAUUACUGGAAAAAAAACAAGAGGAAUUACAAGGUGAAUUGGAUUGCUGAGUACGGCCAUUUUGUAAAUAUCUUAACUGUGUGUGCUGACAGAGACAAGUUGACGUCUGCAUAUUUUGUCAGUGGUGUGGGAGACGACACAAACCACAAAUCAAGUGUUUUAUGUAAUCAGUACAAUCAAUGUAAAUAUGACAAAAAAAAAAUCUCACUGUGCACCUCUAGCUAAACCACAUUUGUCACCAAUUGCUUGAGCUUAGAAUAUGUGUGUCUGAAGGACUUUUUUGUAUACAACUUUCUUUACACUAUUCGGCGUAUUUAUCCACAGAAUGACAUCAUGGAGAGAAAUGAAUGUCUUUGAGAAAACUUUGGUCUUAUCAGUUUGAACCUGCAGACAAACUGUGCCUUAUUUGCAACAGCUUUUUAUUAAAAUAAUUUUAUUCCACUUUCCCCUUUACAAUGGAUUAUUAAUUUGCUUUUCCCUGAAAGCUGUUGACAGAUAUUAAUAUGAAAAAAAUCUCCAACAUGUCUGUUUUUUCUUGAACUGCAAAAUCAAAUGUUCAUGACAAGUACAACUUCAUCUCUAUUUUUUCUAAGUUUUUUUUUGUCCUUACAAAUUUUGCCCUUUUUCAUUCCCAGGCCAAUCACAUUUAUUUAUUUUGUGUUUUUUUUUAUAUUUAUACUUUAUCCUGUAUUUAUACUGACAUUCCUUUCUAAUAGAUUGGGGCUCUUUGAUUUAACGGAAAAAACUCCAUUUUGACCACGUUUGACAUUUCUUAGUAAAUCAGUUCUCUUAAAAAAAUGUGAUGCGAAGUGAAGGAACCACUUGGAAAAGCCAUGCUUUCUUAAAUCCCUUUUUCUUUAAAGAGUCAUAUGAAGUGUCCUUUAUUAGCACUUGUGAAUAGGAAAAUGUAAUAUAUUCUGAUGUUGACUGUGAAUGCUGCAUAUUAACACGGCAGAAACUUGUACCAGAGCCAGCGUAUACACAGAGUAGUCACACUAAUGGGAUCAUUUCAGAGUCAAAACACCUUUAAGGUUUCAGUUUUGGUCACAUGUAAAAACUUAAAGGAUGGAUACCACUUUUUAUACACAGUGGUAUUGAUCUUCUUAUGUAGCUAACUCUUGGGGGAAAAAACAAAUUAGUAUGAGUACUAAAAUGUCAAAUUGUCAAAGGUCCAGUGUGUGGAAAUUAGUGGCAUCUAGUGGAGACGUUUCAGAUUGCAACCAAGUGAAAACCCCUCAUCUCUCCCUCUCGGUUCAAGCAUGAUGGAGAAACUACACCAUGAAAAACGCGAAAGGUCCUAUGUAGAGCCGGUGUUUGGUUUGUCCCUUCUGGGAUGCUGUAGAAAUAAAGUGGUUCAAAAUGGUGGACUCCAUGAAAGAGGACCCGCUCCCUCCCUAACUGUAAAGUUACAUAAACAUAAUUCUUAUUUUCAGGUGAUUUUAUACUAAUGAAAACAUAACUAUGAAUAUUAUGUUCUAUUUCUGUCAAUAGGAAAUAGGAAAACACACUGGACCUUUAAAGUGUAUUGGCCAAGUGAUCUGUUGCAUUUACAUUUGUCCUCUGUAAACAUGGGACUCACUUUGUGUUCCAUUCUGACCAAAUAUUGUUUUUUUUUUCCUGUUACUUCCAAAGUGUUGCACUUAUAAAAUGGGUUCUCUUGAAUAUAUGACAAAGCUGAUAUUCUUUUCUUCUCGUCUUCUGUUGUAAUAAUAUCGACCAGCCUUGUUUUGAUCUUGUGGGGUUUGUUCUGCGAUCACUUCCCCUGAUCAAGAAAAGAAAAUCAUCACCUGACAGAAGCUUCCAUGUUGCUUGGCCACUGACUUGCUUUACUAUUGUUAAAAAAAAAAAAGUUAAGAAAAAAAACAAACAGUAUUUGCUUGCAUCCUGUAUACUACAGAAAGAAGAGCAAUAAACUUAUCACAGCAAACUCA